AUGGUUAGCUUAAGUGAAAAACGUGAAACCAAUUGUACCGAUGCUGAAUGGGAUGAAUAUGUAGAGAUGCCUCAAGUUCAUACUAAUGAAAUUCCUAGCGAGUGGAUGGAUCGAAUUUGGUCUUGUUUACAAUAUUUCAGGAAGAAUGAUCUAUUACCCACUGAAAGUAAAAAAUAUCUUGAAGCUAGAAAAGAAAUAAAAUAUUGGAGUGAAGUUAAUGAAUUUUGGAUAAGUUAUUCACCUGAAAUUGGAAUUGCUAUCUGCUUCUCAUGUAAUCAAUUGGUAUAUACCGGAAAACGAAUCAAAAAUAUUGAAAAUUAUAAUCACAUAGGAAUGAAAAGACAUUGGGCUUCUCAUUGUACAGGAAAUGCAUAUUGUAAAGUAAAUUAUGAUGAGUACUUACUGAAAAUCGAACAAAAAUCUAUUUCAGGAUAUAUUUAUGAUAAUGA